CUGAAACUCACACAAAAACCACAGAAAGUUAGAGAGAGAGAGAGAGAGUGAGAGAGAGUGUAUGAGCGUUAUGUACUAAUGUUCUCAUUCUCUGUUGGUCAACACACAGCAACACCUCGAACAGCUCCAGAAGAAGAAGAUGAGAUUCAGUCAUUUCUCCCAGUUGUUCGUCUGUAUUUCGCACCCAAUGGGAAUCCUACUGUGCCUGGGUAUGAUCCAUGAUCCUAAUCGAAGUUGGAAGUGUUUGAACGAUUACCUCUACACCAUCAAGUGUGAGUUGAACAUGACCUCUGAGACACUGCCCCAUGAUGCCCUCUACUGGCUGGAAUUCCGUGAUGAAAGGGAGCCUUUUGAGUGUGUGUUAAUGUUGCACACGAGCCCGUGGGUGUGUGUGAUGAACCUGUCUACGCGGAUUACAGAACCGUUCAUGGACAUGGACAUCUUCCAGAUCUCGCUUAACUACAGUUUCCACGGCAAGAACGAUUCUGUCGUGUUAGCAACAGACUACAGGCCAGUAUACUACAUUCAGCCUGUCCCACCGUCACACCUGAUGUUGCUAUGGAAACAAGAUGAAGCUGUUUUCCACUGGCUCAGUGGCUAUGACGACAACGUAAUGCUCGUCCCGUAUCUCCGAUACCAACUCAGCAUACAGGGAAAUGGCAAGGUGUUGGAUAUCCACUCCAGUCUAAACAACUUGUCGGUGCCGAUGUCCGCCUUUGCACCCAACACUAACUACACAGCACACGUGCGCUCAGAGCCUCAUCAGAUAGAUUACAAAGGUGUUUGGAGUCACUGGGGUCCCACCGUCUCCUGGACAACUGGAUCCACUAGCAAUCCUAAUCGAAGUUGGAAGUGUUUGAACGAUUACCUCUACACCAUCAGGUGCAAGUUGAACAUGACCUCUGAAACACUGCCCCAUGAUGCCCUCUACUGGCUGGAAUUCUAUGAUGCAAGGGAGCCUUUUGAGUGUGUGUUAAUGUUGCACACGAGCCCGUGGGUGUGUGUGAUGAACCUGUCUACGCGGAUUACAGAACCGUUCAUGGACUUAGACAGCUUCCAGAUCUCGCUUAACUACAGUUUCCACGGCAAGAACGAUUCGGUCGUGUUAGCAACAGACUACAGGCCAGUAUACUACAUUCAGCCUGUCCCACCGUCACACCUGAUGUUGCUAUGGAAACAAGAUGAAGCUGUUUUCCACUGGCUCAGUGGCUAUGACGACAACAUAAUGCUCGUCCCGUAUCUCCGAUACCAACUCAGCAUACAGGGAAAUGGCAAGGUGUUGGAUAUCCACUCCAGUCUAAACAACUUGUCGGUGCCGAUGUCCGCCUUUGCACCCAACACUAACUACACAGCACUCGUGCGCUCAGAGCCUCAUCAGAUAGAUUACAAAGGUGUUUGGAGUCACUGGGGUCCCACCGUCUCCUGGACAACUGGAUCCACUAGCAAUCCUAUUCGAAGUUGGAAGUGUUUGAACGAUUACCUCUACACCAUCAGGUGCGAGUUGAACAUGACCUCUGAGACACUGCCCCAUGAUGCCCUCUACUGGCUGGAAUUCCGUGAUGAAAGGGAGCCUUUUGAGUGUGUGUUAAUGUUGCACACGAGCCCGUGGGUGUGUGUGAUGAACCUGUCUACGCGGAUUACAGAACCGUUCAUGGACUUAGACAGCUUCCAGAUCUCGCUUAUCUACAGUUUCCACGGCAAGAACGAUUCGGUCUUGUUAGCAACAGACUACAGGCCAGUAUACUACAUUCAGCCUGUCCCACCGUCACACCUGAUGUUGCUAUGGAAACAAGAUGAAGCUGUUUUCCACUGGCUCAGUGGCUAUGACGACAAAAUAAUGCUCGUCCCGUAUCUCAGAUACCAACUCAGCAUACAGGGAAAUGGCAAGGUGUUGGAUAUCCACUCCAGUCUAAACAACUUGUCGGUGCCGAUGUCCGCCUUUGCACCCAACACUAACUACACAGCACUCGUGCGCUCAGAGCCUAAUCAGAUAGAUUACAAAGGUGUUUGGAGUCACUGGGGUCCCACCGUCUCCUGGACAACUGGAUCCACUAGCACAGAUGAUCCGCUUACGUCUUUAGCUCCAGUCUUGAUGACUCUGUUCGCACUGCCCAUAGUGUUGCUCUUCUACUUUUCAUACACCAAGUGCAAAGAGAGUUUACUGACCUCAAGUCCGGCUCCUCAUAUCGGAGAUUUCAAAUGUUCGGUGAUGCUGCCGACGAAUGUGGGUGACUUGCUCCAGAGGGAGGAGUCUCUACAGAUCGACACGUUGAUUGAAGAGCCGAAUCCAACCUGGCUUGAAAAGAUGAAGGAAGCCGAUGACGGCUCAAGCCAGACCUCCUCCACCAUCACGCCCACAUCUCCCUGCAUGGGUAGCUGGGCGCAGGCUUGGACGUCAGUAGAGCAGGGGAGCGUGAUGUACAGCGAUGAGUACUGCACUCUCUCACACACACCAAGUGAACAUGGUGGAAAUGAUAACGUCACACACGCACACUGAAUCAUUACACACAUUUACACAGUUACUCGCCGGAAGGAUGACAGCCUUGCCGCUCACAGAUAGGCGGCAAAUCCCAACUCACCGCUGUGAUAUGUAAUACAGUAACAAGUCACAUGGAGACGUUGGACACACAAUCAGAGUCUCCGCCCACAAAUCAAAGAACGUAUCAUAUCUUCUGAGCACUUUUUUGGCCACAAGAUCCAGAAUCCUUCAUAUUUUAAAGACAUUUCAGAGAUAUCGAUUAUUGAUUUUAAACCAGCUCUCGAAGGAAUUCUGCACCAACCCUACACACUUCCGAAGGAAUUCCGACCGAUCCCACCUAUCAUGAAGAAAUUCCGAACAAUCCCAAAUUGCAUAUAAUGGCAGGUCUGAAUUUCUAACAUGAAAUUUGGAGGUGACAUACUUUUACUCCCCAAAUAUGAAAGCACGCUUGCUCCUCUAUGACACGGACUUUUGGCAGAAAUACACAGCCGUGGUAUUUCAUCUCCGUUCGGUUUCAAACCUUCCGAUUUUUUGAGGGAUCCGUUUGUAAAAUAUCGUGUUAUAACUGCAAAAUAAUUCCGAGAUACAUUUUCUAUCAUUUCUUUAAAGAUUUUUAGUCACGGUCACAUAUUAACCGAUGGAUUUUUAGCUCUCGAAAUAUGUAAAUAAGGAGACGACGUAUGUCGUUUAAUAGCUAUCUUAUAUCUUAAAUACCGUGUAGCACAUGCACGCAUCUCGGGUGUAUUUUAACAUCUUAUUUACGAAUCUAUCCAAAAAUAAAAAGGAUUUUAUAUCAAA